AUGUCGCAGUUUUACCAUGUGACAACGCAGCGUUCGACUUCCGUUACAAAAGCUCUUACAGGAAAUUUUACAAGUCCUAAUGACCUGAAUCUCCUUAUCAUCAAAAAUUCUUACCUGGAACUUUAUGAUGUUACAAGCGAGGGUCUGAAGCUGAUACAUGACGUGCCACUAAAUGCCAGCGUUCUCACUGCUCUGUUUUUUCGUCAGAAACUUUGGAGGCGCGAUUUCUUAUUCAUACUCACUCACAAAGCUGACAUAGCCAUCAUAGAAUGCAUACGUAAGAACGACUCAAUCGAAUUUGUUACAAUCAUGUCGGCGAGCAUUGCUGAUAGUGCUGCACGUAUGUUAGAUCAAGGCUUCGAUGCGUUGGUGGACCCUGGCGCUACAUACAUUGUAAUCAGGAUGUACUAUGGGAUGCUGAAGCUUAUUCCAAUUGCAAAUCUUUCUGGGCCUCGCGACCCUUUAAACAAAGUCGAUCAACAAGCAAUGUCCAUAAGCGUUAGAAUUGAGGAGACACAAAUUGUGGAUAUGGUCUUCUUACACGGUUAUGCAACACCCACUUUUGCGUUGAUCUAUGAGGAUGAUAUGGUCGCCUCCAUAAAGAUGUACGAUAUCUUUGGCAAAGACCCAAUCCUGCGCUCCGUGCCUGUAAAUGUUGAUUCCAUCGAAACCAGCUCAAAAAUCCUCAUCCCUGUUCCUGCCCCUUAUAAUGGUUUUAUCUUAGUAGGCGACAGUAUUAUUUGUUAUCACACCCGUGAGACCUUUCACAUCUCUCAGUACAUACCUCAAGCCCAGAACAGCCGUAUAGUCUGUUAUGCCAAGGUGGAUUCAAGACGCUACCUUCUGGGAGAUAUAGCUGGCCGUCUUUACAUGGUCCACCUCUUGCCGCAGGAUGAGAAAACUAUCCGACCGAUACCGUCGACAUCGCGUGACAUGACUCACGCCAGUCCACGCAUCGGCUCCAUACGCAUUGAGCUUCUUGGGGAGACGGCUAUCCCAGAGUCUAUCGUUUACCUGGACAACGGUGUGGUUUUCAUCGGCUCCUACUUGGGUGAUUCGCAGUUGAUUCAACUGAAUCCAGAAAUCGAUCCCGACAAAAACAGCUACAUUACAAUUCUUGAAGAGUUCACAAACAUCGGUCCCAUUGUCGAUAUGGUCUUCUUUGAGAACGACGGGCAGAGCCAACUUAUCACCUGUUCCGGCUGCUACAAGGAGGGCAGCCUGCGUGUCAUUAGAAAUGGCAUUGGCAUUCAGGAGCGUGCUACUAUUGACAGGGUGGAUAUCAAAGGUGUUUGGUGUUUUCAACUCAAAUCAGAUACUUAUGAUGACUCCAUCAUCGUGUCACUAAUCAAUCGAUCUCAACUGGCGUGUAUAGCAGAGGAUUGCUUAGCAUCUCUCACGUUGGAGGGUUUUAUUCUAGCAGAACAAACCCUUCACUGUGAUGUGGUCUACCCGAGUGGUUACAAACAGAAUCCCAGGUCUCUUCUUCUGCAGGCGACCACGUAUGGUCUGCGACUCAUCGGUAUACAGGGCCUCAUGGGUAGGGGAUGCCUGGCUAAGUGGCGUUCACCGACUGAUAGAUCUGUUUCCUCUCUUGCCUCGCAUGGUGACUACGUUGUGGUAGCCAGUGGGUCAGAUCUCUUUGCCCUACGCAUAACGGGAACGCCAGAGGCUCCGGAAUUCACUCAAAUUGGCAAUGCAGCUCUCCCACACGAAGUUGCAUGCGUUGACCUCACACCCUUCGACAGAUCGGUUGCGGCAAAAGCAGCCAUUUACUCCUCGGCUUUUCAGUCACCCGUGAGCAGCGUCAAGCCCUCUGUCAGGAUCGGUAAUAAUGAGGAAGAGGCGAUGGAUUCCUCCAACUCUGGGGAUCCUCUCGAUGACUUAGAGCCAGAGUACGUGGUCGUGGGAAUGUGGAUGGGCCAUGGGGUUGCGCUUCUCAAGCUCCCCUCCCUAGAAGUAGUCUGCAUAGAGCCUCUGCCCACAAUGACUCCCACCUCAGGCAUUGCAAUCCUACCCCGCUCCAUCACCAUUGCACAGUUUGAAGGACUCACCUAUCUCUUUACCGUCACUGGGGAUGGAUCGUUGUACUACUACAACCUUGACUGCUCCACAGAAAAAAUUGUCAUUCGUGAGGCGAAACGCCUGAGCGCGGGAACGGGCCCUCAAAUGCGUCUUACGCAAUGGCGCUCGCACGGCAAAAGGAAUGUCUUUGUUUGCUCUAACCGUCCGUGCAUCGUCUACUCGAACCGACAUAAACUUGUUUUUUCCAACGUGAAUAUCAAGGAGGUCUCCUUCAUGUCUCCACUAAACGGGUUUCACUACAAGGAUUGCAUUUGUAUGGUGACGCCAUCAGGGCUAAUGAUAGGCUCCGUGGACAAUCUGCAGAAGCUGCACGUGCGUCGUAUCCCGUUGAACGAAACACCUCGCCGUCUGGCAUUGCAGUCGGCGACAAAUAGCCUCGGUGUGAUCUCAUGUCGUCGCGAGGUCUUUCAAGAAGGCACCGGAUUUAAGCCCAUCCGAACUUCCGCCUCCCUGUCCCCCAAGGUGCCCAGGUCCUACAGUUCCACACCCAAAUCCCCCGCCUCCUCGUCGAACCCGGAAAAGUGUACCGACAUAGAGGCGUCCUCGCUGCUGAUCUACAACCAGAGUACUAUGGACCUUCAAUUUGUCCACACCUUCCACUACAGUCAGGUUGUUGUGGAGACAGCUAUGAGUAUCGGUUCAGUGGAUUUAGGUAUAGAUGCAGGCGUUCUCUACGCUGUGGGUACGGCUCUCAUUGUCAAAGGAGAGCACGAUCCCAAAAAGGGUCGGAUUCAUCUUCUCCGUUGGAAUCCUGUAGCCUUGUCACUGGAGUCUGUUCUUACCUACGAUGUCCCUGGUACUGUGUUUCGGGUUAUCGAGUUCAAUGGUCGUAUACUUGCUGCCAUUGGGAGUUCGGUACGGUUAUUUGAAUUUUGCGGGGACACUCUUCGUCAAGAUUCGACCUUCAACGAUAAUAUAAUGUCCCUGUACUUGCGUACCAAGGGCGAUUACGUCCUCAUUGGUGAUUUGAUGCGCUCUCUAUGUCUCCUACUCUACAAACCUAAUAGAAGCAACUUCGAGGUGAUUGGAAGGCAUCAUUGCCCGCGGUAUACCAGUGGAAUAGAGAUAAUCGACGAUGAACACUUUCUCUCGGGUGACGCGGACGGGAAUAUUCAUGUGUUGGGACGAAAUCUCCCAGGCAAUACCGAUGAACCCGUGGUUCCGUCACUUCGUGUCACAGAGGCCGCCACCAGUCCUACUCCUGUUACUGUCUCUGUUUCUACGCCCAAACCAAUGGCUGACACGCCUGACGUUGCUGGCCCUUGUGACGCAGCUGACAAUAGCUCUGCCAGCACAAGCACAUCAGCGCCAGAAACAGCGCCGGCACAAGAUUCGGAAGAGCAACCAGGAGUUUCACUACAAGCACCGACUCCACAAUCUAUUGAUCUUCCACGAUGCCCUUCAAGUGAUGGAAAGGCUCUCGUGGAUUGCGCCUACAUGCAUACUGGUGAAUCUAUCAACGUCUUCGUCAGAGGCAACAUGAACACUCUGGGCGUGGAUAGGUGGUCAGCAAUAGGCGAAACGCACACCAUGUACGGCACGGCGCAGGGAUGCUUGGGUCUCGUGGCGCAUCUCUCACCCAUUCUCUUCGCUUUCCUCAAGGAGGUGGAGUCGCGAUUGUCCCGACUAAUUGUACCUGUGGGUAAUUUUUCACAGGAAUCCUGGCGUUCCUGUAAGGAUUGUCUGUGGACGGUUAGAGUGGCGCACAAUAUCAUCGAUGGAGAGCUGAUUGAGAGCUUUCUUGAUCUGAGUUUGGACGAUAAGAAUAAGGUCGUUCAGGGACUGAAAAUUCCUGCUUCAAUGGAGGAUUUCGGGACGGCGGGACUGUCGAAGUUUAACGAGAACGUGGAGACGAAGGACUGCACCGUGAAUGACCUGAUGCGAGUUGUUGAAGAGCUGGCCGCUCUGCAUUGA